AUGAUCGCCAAUAGGAUACAGUUUGACGCUGUCAAGCAUGAUAUCUUCCAUCCUAACCAACUUGGCGGCAUUCACCAAAGGUCGACUGAGGAUGCUGGGUUGAUUCUGACUCAUCUUGUGCGAGCAGGGUGGGUUAAGGGUCUCCAGACUAGUACGCUGGCUUUUGACAUUGCGCAGUUCUUCCCUUCUAUCAACCAUGAGAUGUUCAUGGCUGUCUUGCGCAAGCAAGGAUUCUCACCAAUAUUGGUGGAGUUCUUUGCCUCCUAUCUUGUUGCUCUCUCACCUGUUAUCUCUGGGCUGUUCAUUGCUCCAGUGAUGAAGCUCUUCUAUAUCAAAGCGGCGCUGCUCAACACAACACUACUUUCUUUUGUGGACGAUGGGACCAUUUUGGCCCAAUCCAAACAACUCGAUGAUAAUAAUGUGGGCCUGUACGCCUACAAUCCCUUGCUGGAUCUGGGGUACGCCCUGCAUGCCGGUGCUACGCCCUUGAAGCCCAAGACCUAUUGGAGGUACUUGGGCUUCUACUUUGACCGCGGGCUCACAUUCCAUGAGCACAUUCGCUAUUAUGCCACCAAGGCAUUUACCACUGUGCAGGCCAUGCGCAUGCUCAGAAACUCUACCAGAGGUCUCUCACCUAAACAGUGGUGCCUCCUCUAUAGAUCGUGUGUGGUUCCCAUUGCCACAUACAGUUAUCGUCUCUGGUAUUUUGAUGGCACCCGUAACAAGGGCGCGAUGAACCAGUUAAAACGGAUGCAGCGGAAAGCUGCUCUAUGGAUUACGGGUGCCUUCCGCACCUCACCUACAGGCAGUCUUGAGGCCCUAGCAGGUCUCAUUCCCGUCCACCUUAUGCUGAAGAAGUUGGCAACACAUGCAGUGUACCGUGUCACCUCCCUCUCUGACACUCACCCUCUUUGCUCCAUGUUGGGUGAGGGACUCCUCAGGCAGGCUGAACCACACACCUGCUCAGCUGCCUUGAUGACCCCAGCCAUGCGAGGGAAAGUCAAGAGCACCGUCAUGGAAGUGGACAAGCGUGUCCACACCUUAACUGAGAGCUUUGAGCCCUUUGCACCCAAAGCUUGCCCAGGUGAUCGGUUACUGGACCACUAUGCGGACCGUAUCCACUUUGACGAGCGUGAUCCUACUCAGGAUAGGCGACCAUAUCUCGACGAGCUCAUUGCGAAAGCGAGGGCUGACCCAUUAACAGUACUGGCUGCAACUGAUGGCUCUGUCCCUCAGUCCAACCAGUAUCAGGCGACUUCAGCUGCCAUCAUCUACAAGGGGCAUCGCGAGCUCAAAAGGACUUGCUAUGUCUCUGGCAGAGUUACCGCCCCUGACACAGAGCUCAAUGCCAUCUCGUGUGCGGUGCGCCUUGCUGUCAAGCAGGCAAACUGCCAGCAUAUUAUGGUCUUUACUGACUCUAUGGGCUCAGCCCACAGAGCAGUUGACCCCUCUGUACAUUCUGGUCAGGCUUUUAGUCUGGCAGUCUGUUGUGCUCUCCAAGAGUGGUUCGAGGCGGAUGAUUUCCACCGCAUCACCUUUGUCUACAUCCCAUCCGCUUUGCAGUGGGAUAUCCAUGGUGAGGCACACAAAUACGUCACCGAACUUAAGGUCAGGGUUGGACGUCGCAAGACGGACAACUCUAUAGAUGUGCUUCGCUCUUGGGCGGCGCACUCAGUCCUGGACUCAUGGAGCUCCACUUUCCAGGAUCCAACUUACCAAGGCUCUGAAUUCUUAGAGCUUCAACAGCCUGACGGGCAGCCGCUACAGCCAUCAUACCUCAACAGGGGACCUUGGCUAUCAACCUUCAGACACAGUAUCACUGAGUUCGCUCGCGUUUGCCAGUGUAUAACUGGCCAUGCGCCCAUUGGAGCAUAUUACCGCCGCUUCAAGAUCAACGAGCCUCACGGCUGCACUUGCGGGGCUGCUUUGCAGUCCCGUCAGCACGUCCUCCUUUGCUGUCACGAUAGAUACUCUGUACAUUAUCCCUGUUUUCUUGGGGAUAUUGCAUCAUUUAUGAAGUACAACCCUACAGCAUUUGGCUUCAGCCAGGACCCCUCGGGUGUCGGAUAA